AUGUAUCUAUCUUUCUUUAUUUCUACAUCAUCCACUUUUCCCAUUUCGUUCGCGCCAUCUACGUCGCCACAACGCCUGUUAUGUCGCAUACCUCCUUCCUUCUGCCCAUCCCCCCGUCUGGGCGUUGCCCACCUGGUCGUCGGUCCGGCUAAGGGAGACGGUGUAGACAAGCUGUGCCCAUGUGUGUGUGUGUGUGGCCCGAGGGAGGUCAGUGACACGCGGCCGGCUGCCUCAGAACACAAGUUCUGGCCGGCCUUGGAAUGGACGUUGACGACUCAUCCGUCCAAAGUGGACCUUCGAGAAGUUGAUCUACAAAUCUGCCCACCUCCCCCUCCCCCCUCUCCCCCCCUAGCCCUCACACUGAUCACUUGUCGGCGCACCCAAUUGCACAAACAACAACCCAUCCCGCAACCAGGUCUCCGUUCGUGGUACAGACGUGGUUUGACUUUGAUUUGUCAAUUUUGUUGUGCUGCUACUUCGGUCUGGAGUCUUUUUUCCUCCGUCUCGAACUGUGCAUUCGGUUCAGGCUGUGACGUGGCUCAAUUGGCGCCAGACGCCAACCAGACGCCGACUGGCAUGCCAGCGCAUCUUCCGGGAAUCCUGCAAAUCCGCGGUUCCACUCUGGAAGAUUCCAUCCUCUCACCUCCACUACUUUCCUCGUCGUCGCUCCCACCUUUGCCCACACCUCCUGUCAUCACUUUGCCCUCAUUCACUCUCUCAUUUUUGCUCUCUUUCUCUCUCUCUCUCUCUCUCUUAUCCUCGUUCGGUUGUCAAAUUUGCCACUUUAACUGUGGAUGUGGAACUGGUGAAAACGCCGGCUCGUCUGUAGGGUUGCUCUGUCUGAUGUUCGCCUCAACAACAGGAUUAGUUACCGUGGUAACAAGAGACGGCCGAUGA